AGCUAAGAAGGCCUAUGUGUACAAAUUGUGGCCUAGAGAAAGACCUUUUUAGAUAUCAUUCAUUAUCCACAACAAUUGUUCGUUGUGCUCUCCAUGUUCACAAUAAUUCACAAUAAUUGUUGCUCAGUGGCACAUUAAUGAAUGGUAGCUAUGUUUGAAUCUGAUUGUGUUCUCCAUCAUAAUCAGAUUUAUAUCAAGAUGUACUAAAAGCUUUUGAAUUACAGGUAGAACAGGUAAGCUUCAUUAUUGAGAGUUAUGAAAUUACAGGUAGAAUAUGUAAGCUUCUUUAUUCAAAGAAUGAAAUCACAGGUAGAACAAACAAUCUUCUUUACUGCAUGCUUGGAUGAGAGGGCCUCCUAACUGAUUCCCUUAGAGCCCUAGGAAGCUUCACAGAUAGGAAUGAAGAAUAUCUGAAGAGAGGGAGAUUGUUAUAGUUAUUUGAGUUUGUGUGUAAUGGGUAACCAUUUGGAAAAUUUUGUGUAUAAUCUGAAAUCCAAGUUAAAGGGUAUGCAAAAGAAAAAGCCUUACAGGAAGAUAGAUAAGAGUGAUAGCAUGAGAAUGGAAGCAAAAAGCAAACGUGCACAGAAGCUAAUUGCUCAGACUCUUAAGCUUGCUGAUGAGCCUGGUAAAAAAGCACUUGUAUUUUAAGAAGAAAUCUAAGGAUGUUCUUGGAACUUUCA